AUUUCAAACUAUAUCAAUUCUGUGUGUCUUAUACAGGUGGACGACGCUCAGAGCUUUUGGAACUUUGUAAGAUACACGCUGAGUCCUGCGUUAUACGGCAACCAGUGGUACAACGAUGGCAACAGAGAACCGGGUGGAUUCAUGGCGGACAAGACGUCAUAUGUGGUCGGACCUGUCAGGAUAAGGCAGCUGAGGGUGGCAGAAGAUCCUUCAUGUGAGAGGGCCGGGCCAGUUCAACACAUCUUCAAGGACUGCACCAAUGCCUACUCGCACUCAUCCCACGACAGCAGCAGUUAUGGGAUGGGUUGGUCGGAGACACCUGACGACAAUUCAAGUUUACUGGUGCAAAAUGAAACCAAUCCUUGGAUAUACCGUCAUUCGCCAGACAUACCGGUAGUAGGAACACAUGCCACCUAUUGGGACGGGGGCUACUUCGUUACAGUCACCAACACCACGCCCGCCGCCGUCCUGGCCACCGUAGCGCAGCUGGAGCCCAGCGGGUGGAUCGACCGCUACACCCGAGCCGUCUUCAUCGAGAUGACGGUCUACAAUCCCCACGCCAACCUGUUCUCCGUGGUGAACCUGCUGACUGAGUUUACUGCCAUUGGGAAAGCCUAUCCCCGUGUGGACAUCGCUACAGUCCGACUCUACCGCUUCCAGACUCCGUGGGCUUGGGUUGUGGUCGGAUUCCAAGGGGUCUUCAUCAUCUUCACCUUGUACUUCGUUUUCAGAGAAUGUGACAUGGUUGUUCUCGGCGCAGAUACCAUGAAGAAGGCAGCCGGACCACUAUCCGGGUUCUUCUUUAUUUUUACCAUAGUGUUCGUCGCUUUUGCGACGUUCGCCUUUCUCGUUUUCGGCUCUACGGAGGAAGGCUUUUCGCCCUUCGUCGCCACCGUGGAAACGAUGUUCACGCUUUUACUGGGGAAGUUCUAUGAGCUGUCAGACGCCAAGACGGUCAUGGGACCGCUCUUCACCUUCACGUUUAUCACGUUCUUUCAGUGGGUCAUCCUCACCAUGGUUGUUGCUAUCCUAGACGGUGCCAUACAUGAGGUUGCGGAAGAGAAUUCCCAGCAGAAGCCCGAAACUGAGCAGGUUGCAGACCUGAUGUUGGAGAGGCUGCAGUCCUGGGUAGGAGGGUGGCGGGGAAAGGGGAGGUCAUCGUCCGCCAUCCAAGAGGACUGCAAUCCUACAGAGGAGGAGCUGACAGACUUCUUGACAAACGCUGAUUUCGUCCGUUUGCAGGGUCGACAGGAUAGCUCCUCAACUUCUGUCGAAUUUUGCAUUGAAAACCAAAUAUCCUCUGGCACAGUGUAGUUAACUUCAGAAAAAACACAAUUUUGCAUAUUAGUUAAACAACGGUAUACAUGGAAGUGUAAACAGAAAGUCAAUCAUAUCUGGAUCUCAUACUACUGUUUGUGCUGAGGCAAAGCUAUAAGGAAUACUAGAUGUCACUUUGAGCGUUUUUGCACUUUUGAGGUAUCAUCUUUGGCCUAUAUUGGCCUUGUUUCAUAUUACAGUUGUCAUCUAGGAAAAUAUAGACGCAGGCAUACUGCAGCUGCUCAAUACUAUAAAGAAACGUUUUAAGUAGAGGUAAUAUGUAAGGCUACAUAAUAUAUAGGAAGUGCGUCGUUUUAAAGCUUAUAAUUACUUGGAUGGCGACCCGUUAAAGAAUUAUACAGUUACCAAUCCGCAGACCUACAUAUUCUACUACUUAAUUUGACAAUGAUUUGACUUACCAUUGGAAGGUCUCUGAGGUGGCCCUUCCGUGACCAAGAACAGCAUACGAUGAUGAUUAUAAUCAUUACUUACUUACAAAGUGUUACGGCAUAUAAGGUAUGAAUACAAGUUUCAGGAAACCCAUGACGUCUGAAAUCUUAAUCUUGUAAGCCGUGGAAUGAAUUUUAAUUUAAAACUGUCAUCAAAGUUGCAGUUUCUGAAAAGACCUGGAGGGCACUACUGUAGUGUCCUCCAUGCCUUUCUUCGUCACGAUCGCGAAUAGUUACAUAAUGAUGAUUUAUUGGUUUAUUCUUUUGGGGUACAAUAAUCCGUGACAUGUUUCUACUCAGCAUCCAUUGCCAUAAUCGGACUUUACCGGAAUUUUUGAUUCAGCAAUUAGCUUAUUAAUCCAAGCAAGUACUAUUGAGUAUAACAUAGUUUACAGCAGAGAACUCAAUCUUAUAAUUCACCACUGUUUUAAAUAGAGAUAAAAAAUACUAUGUGUCUGUGGUAAUAGUUCAAUGUACGCAGUUAGAUUUUCUUAAUUGAAUUGGUUUUGAAGAUUUGGUUUUAUUUGUCUUCCUGCUAUGAUUUUUUUUAU